UUAUGUAUGAAGGCCCGAAAGCCCAAUUAAAAAUAAAAACCCCUAACCGUAAAUACUAUUAUCCCAUCUUCUCCCAGACUUCCACGCACACCCACUUUCUUCACGAUUCCGCAUUUCCCCCUCCACCGAUGUGAAGGUUUGACCACGCUUCUCUCCCUUUGUUGCCGAUCUCGACGUUUGGGCACGCCUCUCUCUGCCGCUGCUGUCAAAGUUGUUCGAUCUUCCCUCCCUUUGCCGAAGCUCCCUUUCCAUCGCCGCCGAACAAUUCUUAGCUCUCAGAAAUGGAGCGGAUGCACAUUGUCUGAAAUUGAGGGAUUCACUUUUAGUACCAUCGAGCUUGACCAUGGAAGAGGAAAAUGCCAUUGAGCUUUUGCAACGCUACAGGCGGGAUAGACAGACACUUCUUGAUUUUGUACUGUCUGGUAGCUUGAUAAAGAAAGUUGUAAUGCCUCCUGGUGCGGUCACCCUCGAUGAUGUGGAUCUAGACCAAGUUAGUGUGGAUUAUGUUCUUAACUGCGCUAAAAAAGGUGCAAUGCUUGAACUAUCUGAAGCCAUUAGAGAUUAUCAUGACCUUACGGGGUUUCCUCAGAUGAAUAAUUCAGGUUCUGGGGAUGAAUUUUUCAUUGUUACGGAUUUAGAUUCUUCAGGGUCACCUCCAAAAAGGGCACCGCCUCCUGCUCCUGCUUUCACACCUCCUCCUGUCUAUACACCUCCAGCAGUAAUUGCAUCACCACUUGUGCCCACACCUUCACUAACUGAAACAAAUGUAUCUAGAUCAGAGUCUUUUGAGUCCUCCCAAGCUCGGGAAUUGACCGUGGAUGACAUAGAAGAUUUUGAGGAUGAUGAAGAUAUUGAGGUUAAUAGUAUGAGGAUGUCAAGAAGAAACCCAAAUGACGUAGCUGAUCUUGCUCUCAAAUUGCCUUCUUUUUCAACAGGAAUUACAGAUGACGACCUUCGAGAAACAGCAUAUGAGGUUCUUUUGGCUUGUGCUGGGGCCUCGGGGGGUCUUAUUGUACCAUCAACAGAGAAGAAGAAAGACAAAAGGUCUAAGUUGAUGAGGAAGCUUGGACGUAGUAGUAAAAGUGGAAUUGUUGUUGAACCUCAACGUGCACCUGGGUUAGUUGGGUUGUUGGAGACCAUGCGAGUACAAAUGGAGAUAUCCGAGUCCAUGGAUGUAAGAACACGGAAAGGCCUCCUAAAUGCCCUUUCAGGAAAAGUAGGAAAAAGAAUGGACACCCUCUUAGUUCCUCUGGAAUUAUUGUCUUGUAUCUCAAAAACAGAAUUUUCUGAUAGAAAAGCAUUUUUACGCUGGCAAAGACGGCAGCUGAACAUAUUGGAGGAGGGGCUUAUUAAUCACCCUGUUGUGGGAUUUGGAGAGUCAGGGCGCAAGGCAAGUGAGUUGAGAAUUCUAUUAUCAAAGAUUGAGGAAUCUGAGUCUCUCCCACCUUCCACAGGGGAACUUCAACGAAUAGAAUGCCUGAGAUCGCUUCGAGAGAUUGCCAUUUCACUCGCUGAGAGGCCAGCUCGGGGCGACUUAACAGGUGAAGUCUGUCACUGGGCUGAUGGUUAUCAUCUCAAUGUCAGGCUCUACGAGAAACUUCUUGUUAGUGUCUUUGAUAUGUUAGAUGAGGGAAAGUUGACUGAGGAGGUAGAAGAAAUCCUCGAACUCUUGAAGUCAACCUGGCGUGUUCUUGGAAUCACAGAGACCAUCCAUUACACCUGCUUUACUUGGGUACUGUUUCGCCAGUUUGUUAUUACAUCCGAGCAAGGCAUGCUGCAACAUGCAAUUGAGCAGUUGAAGAAAAUACCAUUGAAGGAACAAAGGGGUCCACAGGAGAGGUUACACUUAAAAAGUUUGCAUUCGGAACUGGAGGAGGAAGGGAGUUCUCGAGAUUUUUCUUUCUUAAAAUCCUUUAUUGUUCCAGUCCAGAGCUGGGCUGACAGGCUGUUAGGAGACUACCAUCUGCACUUUUCUGAGGAUCCAAGAAAGAUGGGGAAUAUUGUCACCGUUGCAAUGCUUGCCAGGAGGCUGCUUUUGGAAGAAUCUGAAACUGCAGCAAAAUCAAUGUCGAGAACAGAUAAAGAGCAGAUUGAAUUCUACAUAUCAUCAUCCCUUAAGAAUGCAUUCUCCAGGGUUUUGAAUUGUGUGGAUAAAUCUGAGACAAAUCAUGAACAUUCUCUAGCGUUGCUUGCUGAAGAAACAAAAAAGCUUCUAAAGAGGGAUUCAUCUCUUUUCAUACCAAUCUUAUCUCAAAGGGAUGCUCAAGCAACUAUCGUUUCAGCAUCACUUCUCCAUAAACUUUAUGGUCACAAACUGAAGCCCUUCCUUGAUGGAGUUGAACAUCUGACCGAGGAUGUUGUCUCUGUGUUUCCGGCAGCCAAUAGCCUUGAGGAGUAUAUAUUAACCCUUAUCACAUCCGCAUGUGAAGAAUUGGGUGCUGAGAUUCACAUCAGAAAACUUGCUCUAUACCAGAUUGAAUCUAUAUCUGGAACAUUGGUGCUGCGGUGGGUCAACUCACAACUUGGACGGAUCUUAGGAUGGGUGGAAAGAGCUAUUCAACUAGAGCGAUGGAACCCAAUAUCACCCCAGCAGCGUCAUGGAAGUUCAAUUGUUGAAGUCUAUAGAAUUGUUGAGGAGACUGUGGAUCAAUUUUUUGCCCUCCAAGUCCCAAUGAGGCUGACUGAACUUAAUUGCUUGCUUCGUGGAAUCGACAAUGCAUUUCAGGUGUAUGCCAAUCGUGUGAUCGAGAACUUAGCAAGCAAGGAGGAUCUCAUUCCGCCUCCUCCAAUUCUCACACGAUACAAAAAAGAAGCUGGAAUAAAAGCUUUUGUGAAGAAGGAAAAAUUUGACUCCAAGAUGUCUGAUGAAAGAAGAUCUACUGAAAUUAAUGUGUUGACUACACCAACACUAUGCGUUCAGUUGAAUACAUUAUAUUAUGCAAUUAGCCAGCUGAACAAAUUGGAGGACAGUAUCUGGGAUCGUUGGACAAGCAAAAAAAAUCAAAAAUCAAUGGGAGAGGAGUCAAAAAGUGGCGCCAAGAAAAAGGAAUCUUUUGAUGGAAGCCGGAAGGACAUAAAUAUUGCUACUGACCGCAUUUGUGAGUUUACUGGAACAAAAAUUGUCUUCUGGGAUUUGAGGGAGCCAUUCAUCGACGGUCUUUAUAACCCUACUGUUUUUCAUUCUAGGUUGGAAGCCCUAAUUGAACCCCUUGACACGGAACUAAGUAAACUCUGCGAUAUUAUCGUUGAGCCACUUAGAGAUCGCAUUGUGACGAGCCUCCUUCAAGCAUCACUGGAUGGCCUUCUUCGAGUGAUACUAGAUGGGGGACCAUCACGAGUGUUUAGUAUGAGUGAUUCAAAACUAUUAGAAGAAGAUUUAGAGGUCUUAAAGGAAUUUUUCAUUUCUGGAGGAGAUGGUCUUCCACGAGGGGUGGUUGAAAAUCUGGUAGCACAUGUACGGGAUGUAAUAAAGUUGCAUGGUUAUGAGACCAGAGAAUUAAUUGAGGAUUUGAGAAGUGCUAGUGGGGGACACAUCCAGAGCGGCAGACACAAAGCAGGAGCAGAUUCCAAAACUUUGUUGAGAAUACUGUGUCACAGGAAUGAUUCUGAAGCCUCCCAAUUUCUCAAGAAACAGUACAAGAUUCCAUCGUCCUCUGCGUAAAUUAUUAUUACCUUGCCCUUUUUUAAAUGAUGUUUAGAAUUUGUUUAUUCACUCAGUUUUGUAUGAAUAUUGUGUUUUUCCUUUCCCCUUAGGAAGGAGUUCGCUCUCUCUUUAAUCUAUUUUUUUCGAUAAUAUUCAUGUUGUAAUAGUUGAUAUUCUUGCUUAUAUUUAUUUUGGUCUAUUUUGUUCCAGGAAUUGUUUGAUAUUGCCAAUAAGGAUAUUCUUUUUUU